GAUAUUUUCGUUCCACUCUACUUUUGAAGUCACCAGUAACUCCUCGUGGGACUGAAUGCAAGGUAAUGAACUUGUGUGUCUGCUGAAUAAAAAUAUGACGUCAGUUUCAAAUCCCUGACCUUUUCUUUAAUAAGAAUCUGUGCAUUUUAAUGACUGUGCUUCUUUAAAUGCACAGUAGGCAGCCGAAAAACAACAUUAUAAACAUUAACUGCUUAACUGCAAUGAUUAAUGGGAUAUCUGGCUAAACAAACCAUGAUUUUUUAGUUAAGCAUUACCCUCGAUAUGCUAUCUCAGCAAAUGAGAUCCGCAGAUAUGAAUGCUUAAGUUUAGUCAAAAGUACUUUGACCGCACAGGCUUCCUCCCCACUCAGCUCCUGCCUCCUGAGGUAGAUGCCACAAGGGAUUAGGAGAGCUCAAAUCCCCUGAUUGGAGAUGAGAAGGUAAAUGCUGCCUCUCAAAGUGUGCAGCCUCCUGCCCGAAUAAGUCAUAAAAGCUGCUUUGUCCUCCCCCAUGUCAUGAACUCACCGGGCCAUUAGAGCGGCAGGCUCACACCUUCAUGUUGAGAUGGAGAUACAGCUGCUUCAGUGCAAGCGGACAAACUCCACAACAUAGCUGUAGUAAUAAGACCGCAGGCUUGUUGUUAAGCGACACAACAAUGUAAGGGCCCUCUGAGAAGACACAGUUAUUGUUAUAGAAAUUAAAUAUAGAAAUCUGUAGGAAACCCUCAAAAAUAAGAAUAGGUGCAUGUAAUUUUUGAUCUUAUAUUAAAUAUAGGAAAAAGCUAUGUCAUCUUUGUUUUCUCACUGUGCCUUAACUUUGAUUUGAUUUAAUCUGAUUUGAACAGUAGUUGAUUAAAGGCAGCCCUGAAAGGCACUGCUGCUGUGAGAACACAUCUAACACAUAAAGCUUUUGGACUCUUCAGAAAUAUUCAAAGAAGUAAUUGUGCAAUCCUGAAGCCGGGGCGUGGAUUUCUGUGCUGGGGGUGGCAUUCUGGAAAUCUCAGGUAUCAGCACUAUCAUAUCAGGAGAAUGAUAACGAGAUACAUUUAUAAAAGGGUACUGUAACUGAGCCGAAUGACACAUCCUAUUCCUACUUCUUAGCACAUCUACGAGGUACAAGAUCACACCAAAGAGAAGUAUGUCGUGCAGCGUAGUGAAGUCCUUUCUGGUGAGCCUAUCACGGAGGAAGCCCCUCGAGCCCGACGGGGAAGAGUCCACCUUCAAUCGAUGCCUGACCACUCUGGACUUGGUGGCCCUCGGUGUGGGCAGCACCCUGGGGGCUGGUGUCUAUGUCCUCUCUGGAGAGGUGGCCAGAGACACCGCGGGACCCAGCAUCAUCAUCUCCUUCUUCAUCGCUGCCCUGGCCUCUAUAUUUGCUGGGCUAUGCUACGCAGAGUUUGGUGCCCGGGUUCCUAAAACAGGCUCAGCAUACCUUUACAGCUAUGUGACGGUGGGAGAGCUCCUUGCUUUUAUCUCUGGCUGGAAUCUGCUGCUCUCCUACGUCAUAGGGACAUCGACUGUUGCACUGGCAUGGAGCGGAACAUUUGAUGAACUCAUUGGGGGAGUCAUAUCAAAAUACUUUGCAGAAAAUGCUGCCAUGGGCCUGCCUGGCUUAGCUCCUUACCCAGAUGUCUUUGCUGCAGCUCUGAUCGUGCUCUUGUCAGGUCUCCUGUCUUUUGGAGUCAAAGAGUCAACGAUGAUCAACAAGAUCUUCACAGCGAUCAACAUCCUGGUGCUGCUGUUUGUGAUCAUUUCUGGAUUCAUCAAGGGAGACAUCUCCAACUGGAAAAUCAGCAAAGAAGAUGUGUUAAACGCCACUGCCAUAAACGGAACUGACAUUGCUAAUGCAACAAGCGAGUUUGGAGUGGGCGGAUUUUUCCCCUAUGGCUUUGGUGGAACUGUGGCUGGAGCUGCAACAUGCUUCUAUGCUUUUGUUGGAUUUGACUGCAUUGCUACAACAGGAGAGGAGGUGAAGAACCCGAAGAAGUCUGUCCCUAUUAGCAUUGUGGUCUCAUUGCUUAUAUGUUUCCUGGCCUACUUUGCUGUGUCUGCUGCUCUCACCCUUAUGAUGCCCUACUACCUGCUAAGUGAAACGAGCCCACUGCCAAUAGCCUUUGACUACAUUGGAUGGGGUCCUGCCAAAUAUGCCGUGGCUGUGGGUUCACUGUGUGCCCUGUCAACUAGUCUGCUAGGUUCCAUGUUCCCGAUGCCUCGAGUACUUUUUGCCAUGGCGAGAGACGGGCUGCUUUUCAAACCUUUGUCCAAAGUCACCUCCAGAGGCAGUCCAGCAAUAGCUACUAUAUCAUCUGGCAUUGUGGCAGCCAUCAUGGCUCUACUGUUUGAUCUGAAUGCCUUGGUGGAACUGAUGUCCAUUGGUACUCUGUUUGCUUACACACUCGUGGCAGUAUGCAUCCUGAUACUGAGGUACCAGGUGGGUCCAUCUGAAGACACAGAACUUAAGAUCACAGAAUCAAAGAAAAAGUUUAGCUUCUUCAAACCUCCAAAAACACCCAACUCUUCCACAGCACGAACAGUCACGCUCUUGACCAUAUUUUCUAUUCUGUGCAUUCUUGCACUGUGCAUUACUCUGAGCCAAGGCAUGGAAGCUCUUGCCAACACUCAAGCAUGGAGCAUCGUGCUUGUCUGUAUCUUUGGAGUGCUCCUGCUGGUCAACUUGUUCCUCAUCUGGAGACACCCAGAGAAUCCCACAAAGGCAUCGUUCAUGGUACCUUUAAUCCCUCUUCUGCCCUUACUGAGUACUUUAAUCAAUGUCUACCUGAUGGUGCAGUUAGGCGGUCAAACAUGGAUCCGAUAUGCUGUCUGGAUGCUAAUAGGGUUACUUAUCUAUUUUAUCUAUGGAAUGCGUAACAGCGUCCAGAGGAAGCGACUCAUGACCGACCACGCAGAGAUCGAAACAGUCAGCGGCAAAACAGACAAGGAUAGUAUGAAAGAAGAGAAAUUCUGAGCUCAAUCGGGGUGAAGACAGAUAAACUGAGAUGUUACAGUGAGCGACUUGCUUUAACUUAUAACCACUGCUUGAGAUGCACCGGUGCUGCUGCCCUUCAGCAGUCUUCAAUCUACGACAGCACCGAAGCAAAUGGCCUGAUAACUUGUUAACUUGACGGUUUAUUACAUCCUAACGCAGUCUGUUUGUUAUCUAAAUGGUCCAAAAUGAAAAACUCCCUAAGAUAUAUUUGGACCGAGAAGAUCUUCACUUAUCACUGAUUUUCACAUUGUUGUUAAGGAUAUUUAUCUGUAUAUCUUGUCGUAUUAGUGAGCCUGUUCCAAAGAAAAAAUAUUCUGUAGAUUAUUUGCUUUUAUAAUUCUGAAAUAACAGGUUUACACUUUUCUUAUCAAGUGCAAAAUGUAAAUUAUUUUUAUUUCAGUUUUACAUUAUCUUAAUUUUAUUUUAAUAUAUUUUUUUAAAUGUGCAGAAUUUGACUGAAGACCUUAUAUUUUACAGAGCUGAUACAGAAAACCUUUUAUGGGAUUUCAUCUUCCAUUUGUAAAUAUGGAAACUGCAUGUGAUUGUUAACUAAACGACUGCCACUGUACAUUUGAAUUAAAAAUUUAAUGAUUCGCUUUUGUAAAACACUUAAAUAUGGAGUUACCUUGUUGCAGUCUGUGUCGAUAAAGAGGUAAAAAUAAAGGACUACUAUAAGUUCAUUCCCACUGCAGACGUGCACAAAGAAGCAGAUAUGGCUCACUAUUUAGAGUCGACUGAGAACAAAAGGACCUUUGAAAAGAAGCUUAUAGCGGUCAUGUUCAAAAUCACAGCUUAGCUGGCCACUCACAAGGAAAGGUUUACAUUGUUUCCACUGCAUUCGACAUCUCAAAAAUGUACUUUAAGUAAUGUGUGAAUAUUUUAGGUGCAAAUCUUUCAGGCAUAUUUAAAAAAAACCAACAUAUUAAUCUAGAGCUAACUGAGACAAAACUUUUAUUUACCCAUAAAAUACAGUAAUGAAGGACAUAAAGUGUAUUAAACACCAAAUGCUCCUUUUCCAGGCAGUGUUUCUGAGGUUCAGACUCAUGCUGCUAGUACACUUACAGUCCGGCAGCUAAAUAAACAGGCUGUGCCAUUCCAGAUUGGAGGGGCCUCAUUCUCUGGACCCUCAUUGGUUCGGACAGGCUUGAAAGCCUCCAUUGAGCCACACUGAAGGAAUUUAGGGUACUAAUGCCACUCCGAGGAAAAGGAAUUUGCGUGACUCUAAUAAACAGCAGACUGCUCACUUUGCAAGCUUUGCCCUCCUCCUUCCUUCUUUUUCUUCUUCUCUCCUUUUCAUUUCUGUUGUAUAUUUCUCUGGGUUGAACUCCAUGAACUAACAAUCAGCUCAUCAGCCAUGCCUUUGGCGAACAUGUCUGGGUCAAAGUGGAGGCUGGUACUCAUUGCUCUCCUUACUUGUGCCUUAAUCUUCGAGUUGGAUGCCCAAGAGCAGAAGGCUGUUCCGGGAAGGACACCAAAGCCAAGGAAACCAAAGCAUGAGAAAUCAACAAACAAAGGGCCCAGAACGAUAACAGUCAAACCGAAGGUCAAAGCUGCACGUGCAGAGCAGACCCUCCUCACGC